UCUGGUUGGAUCUCCCUAGAUCCUUCUCUUUCCAAAGCUCGAGGUUUACUCUACCUAUGGAUCUGAACCAACUAAAUGAGCUGACCCCUCUAGGCUAUCUUUCCAGGCAUGUCACCAUUUGUACAAGCAGGAGGCAACUUUAUGAUAAGGUGUACACUAGAAUAAAAAGUGUUCGGGACGGACUCCUUACAGAAGAUGCAUUUAUUAAAGGUUUGGGUGAAGUAAUGGGUGGAUGUUUAAGUAAGGAUCUAAUCUCCGAGAUCUGGAGUAUACUUGGAGUCAAAAUUGCUCCGCACAUCGAGAACAAAUUCAGUUACCGUGAGUUCGCCGGUGUUGCAGCUUUGGUUGAACGAGUCUUCUGCUUUAGAUUUCUAGACUCUAGUUCUCCUGGUCCUAUUCUACAUAAGUCUGAGAUAGAAAAGGCGGAUUUUGAUCGGCUUAUUUCCAAGCUAGCUCAGGUUUCAGCAAACCAGUCCCUUCAAGACCUUCUCAUUGCAAUUAAAGAUUCAGGAAACAUAAAAAUUUACUUUUCUUAA